AUGACGGCGACACUGUGGGGCAGCAUUCUAGGUCAGGCACAGCGUCUUGACGACGAGGAGGUAUCCAACAAGCCUUGGCCCACGUACAGUCUACAGAAUAUGCCCAAGACGCAGUUCACUUGCCACGACAAAAUACUCGGCGGCUAUUAUGCAGAUCCAGAGACCCAAUGCCAGAUGUUCCAUGUGUGCGUGAAGCUGCCGGGAUUGGGGCUCAUACAUCGAAAGGUUAAUUCGUUUGCCCUACAGGUGCAGGACUACCGCUUCCUCUGUCCGAACAGCACGGCCUUCGACCAGGAGCUGCAAAUCUGCGCCAACUGGGCGGAUGUGGACUGCGACAAGGCGGAACUGUACUAUGACAACAAACACUUCAACGAUCUAUAUCGAAGUAAUGCAGCCGAAGAGAGCAAGGGAUCAGCAAAUGCGGCCGAAGAGGAGGGCACAUUCCAUUUGCAGCGCGCAGAAAGUGGCGAUGUGAGACGAUCCAAGGACAACCGCAUCGAUCAAAAGUCACGCCCCGCGCAGUCGGCAGCAACAAAUUAUGGCAGACAUAAUUAUGCGCAUCAUUCCAACUCCAACUCCAACUCGAAUUCAAAUUCAAAUGCAGACAAUUACAACACGCAAGCGUCGAAGAAACCUAUUUCAAGCUAUUACACGCCAACAACAACGACGAGCACGACAACGACAACCGAGCGCAGCUACAGCAACCACUAUAGUAACAACAACAACAAUAACUACAACGAUGACUCGAAGCAAGACUUCGAUGAUAUCUUCAAAGGUUCCCACAGUUCGCACUUCUUUUCGAACCGUCAUGGCGGUCGCGAAUUCGAUGAUGAGCAACAACAGCCUGCGCGCUCCAAGCCCAACGACGUGGCCGAUUUCAAUCGCAAGACCACGGAGGCGGUUAAAACACGUAUAACACCCACGCGUGGCCAACGUCUGACUUCCAGCGCAACGAGUGUUGCUACCAGUACCGCUUCACCUGUGACCAGGCCAACGAGCAAGAAGAUAACACUGCACGCCUCCUUCAACGCAGACUUCUUGGAUUAUUCGACCAACUACAAAUCGACAACGCCGGCAACUAGCAGCAGCCACGCCCCCACAGUCGCAACUACGACACGCCCGGGCAGCAGCAUCACCAGUCGCUUCAGUUUUGGUCUCAAUGACUAUCAGACGCAAGAGAAGAUACAGCCCACCACUUUCAAUCCCAACUAUGCGGCCUACCGCUCUAAGACCACGGCAACUUCCAAGUAUACGGAACUGCCACGUGACUCUACAAAGGUGACGGGCAAGAAUGCACAGGACUUCGAUAAAGAGAGCAAACGUAAUAAGCCCACCGUCGCGGCACGCAAGAAGAAGCUGGGACCCCAGGAAUCCAAUUACAUCAACCACAAUGAGUUCAAUGAGCUGCCGAAGGCCAAGUUGCAGCAACCUCAACCGUUUCAGGCAACGCAAAACAGCAUCAGAAAGCCGGCUCCCCUUGAGCCGCAUUACCAACGCCCGCGUACCCAGCAAGUGAGUCGUGUGGGUGCACAGGAACCGGCGCCCUUCAGUGCGCCCAAGCAGCGAUCUGGGGCCACGACUGGAACCACAGGGGCGACUGCUCCUGCGGCCAAACCACGUAGUUACACCAGUCGGGGCAGCAUCACCUAUAAAGCGACAACUGAACGCUAUGCCGAUGAUGAGUACUAUUAUCCUACCACUACGGCUAACAGUGCCAAGAAGCUGUCAACCUUUGCGCCCCGAGAUGCUUUCACGCCCACAACUUUCAAGCCCACCACCUACAAGAAGCCUUACGAACAGAGCUACUAUCAGUCGCAGCAAACACCCAGAACAACACAUUACCCGAGCACGGCGAAGAAGACACAAAGCACCGCUUCGCUACCAACUACUGCCAAUCCCUAUUACAAUGCCGACGAGGACGACGGUCAAUAUCAUCCUGAGCUGUACGAGAACGACUUCCCACGCAAUCGCUUUAAGUUUUUGCGCAACAGAUCGACGACCAGCACAUCCACAACAAGCACCACCAACGCGCCAUCUUCGAGUAGACAACCACAUGGGUUCAACCACAACUUUCAGCAAGCGCACAGUCACCUGAAGACUCAACAGCAAUCUGCCUAUCAGAAGGAGCGCGAGCAGGCCGAUCUUAGCGAUGAAGAUGAGCUCUUCAAGACGGCCCAGUCGCUGAAUUUUGGAGCGGCUAGCAUCAACAAACUGCGCGCCGACAUCUACAAGGCCGAGAAGACCUCACAGCAGUACAACUCCCAGUACAGUCCCAACGCAGGGUUUGUGCCAUCUAGUCCUAGCGGCACCACCACCACCACUAAAGCCCAGACAACGAGCAGACCCUACAGCAGCAGCACCUACGUUACCAGCAGCACCACGACUACAACGACAACAACUACCACAAGACGCCCUUUGACCACCACCACGACUACAACAACCACUGCGGCGCCCAAGCCCUCAAAGUCGGCCAAGAGCAAAAAGGAGCAGCAUGAGAAAAAGUCGAAGCCCAAGAAACCCGCGCAUGCGGAUGAGGACACCAGCUACGACUACGCGUACUACGACACGGACUAA